GGGGAAAAAAAAUUUAUUUAAGUUUAAAUUUUGGCUAAUAAAAUGAGUUCCAUAUUCUGUUCGAUUAUUUCCCUUAGGCGAUGUCCGGAUGUGUUCAGGUUCAAAGUUGAAAUUGGAAAUGCUAAAUUAACCUUUCCCGUUGGUGCCAAGUGUAGAAGAAGAGGGUGGAAACUUACAAGUCCUCAUUUACAACGAAAUUAACUUCUUAUUCACGAUUUUAAAAUACCUAGUCUUUAACAAAAAAAUCUCCACGUAAUUUUGAAAACAACAUAUUUUCCACGAAACUUGACUAACUAAUAUUAAUAAAUUAUUGAAAUGUCAUCGAUGAAAUAACGUUUUUUGACAUUGUAUGUAUUGUUUAUUAAGUUUCAAAUGAGACCAAUUCUUAUAAAAUCGAUAAAAAACUUUUUAACUCCCCUAAAACCGAUAGUUUUUCGACGAAACUAUGUGGACAUCGGCAAGAUCCCAUUCCAUCUCGUAUCAAUUCCGGACCAAGAAAACCCGUCAUUUCUCGAUGUCGUCGUUUACAAUUACCACAAAGCAAGGUUAAUCGUCGAGAAUAAAUUGAUUGCGCAAUUACAACCGAUGUGGACAGAAACCAUAGCAAGGCCUGAACGCGAGGAAAAAGCUCGCGGGAUUUUAAGCGCCAUGGAGGAUCCGGAAUCCGUUUUGGAAAUAAACUUUCCGAUUCGGAUGGAUGAUGGAAACUAUAUAAUGCAUAGUGGUUUCGCCGUACAUUAUAAAGCUUAUAAUGUGCCGGUUGUGGUUCCGGUUAGAUUCGGUUUGGAUAUGACCAGAGGAAAAACAACGGCUUUAGCAAAACUUAUGACUUAUAAAUGUGGUUUUGGACAUAUUCCUUUCGGCGGAGGAAGCGCGGGAUUAGUUAUUGAUCGAAGAAAAUACAGCCAAAAAGAAAUGAGAAGAGUAACCCGACAGUUCGCUUCCGAAUUGGUUAUAAGAGGCUUCGUUGGUCCAAACAUUGGGAUUGUUUCCCCAGAUAAAGGUGUCCAACCGAAAGAAAUGAAUUACAUUUUAACAAUGUACAGAAGAACUUACGGUUACAGCGAUAUUCACGCCUCAACUUUAGUAACUGGGAGAAAACCACUAAAAUUUCAACAAAACAUAAACAGCGUAGCCGGUGGAUUUAUAGCAUGUUUAGAAUAUUUAAUUUCAAAAGAGAAUUUGAUGAGUAAACACAAAUUAACGACAACACUCGAAGGAAAAACUUAUAUUAGUCAAGGUUGUGGUAAAUUAGCGUUACAAAUUGCGUCGGUUUUAUCGAAUAAAGGUAGCAAAUUAAUCGCGGUGCAAUCAACGAAAGGGAGUAUUAUGAAUAAAAAUGGAAUCGAUGUUAAAUCAUUAAUUAAAUACCGGAUUAAACACGGUAACAUCAUCGGAUUUCCCGGAGCCGAAGCUUAUAAAGGCGAAAAUGUUCUUUUCGAACCGUGUGAUAUAAUUCUUUUAGCCGCGACUCAUUUAUUGAUAAACGAAGCGAUUGCAAGUAAAAUUAACGCAAAAGUUGUUGCAGAAUUAGCUAACGCGCCGAUUACACCUUCUGGCGAUAAAGCUUUAAUUCGAAAAAAUGUGUUAAUUAUCCCGGAUAUUCUCGCAAACGCCGGACAAUUAACCGUUUCUUAUAUAGAGUGGUUGCAAAAAAUGUAUCCUGUUAACAACAUGAUUUUAAGAUAUAAAAGAAUGACUGAUUAUGAUACUUUAAAAUCGAUCGAAGAUUCGCUACAAAGGCAAGCUUAUAAAGUUCAGAUACAACCGAAACCUGACAUCGUUGAGCGUGCUAAAGGGAUUAAAUAUGGGGAGAUGGAGUGGGUUGGAUUGAUGGGAAUUACGGAACAAAAUUGUCAAAGAGUUAUUAAUAUCGCGGAUCAGUAUCAAUUGGGGCCCGAUUUAAGAACUGCUGCUCAUAUUGGGGCUAUUUUACACAUAUUCGGAGAACUUUCGAAUAGAUUAUAAACAUUUUUUUUUCUAUAUUUAUACAAUUAAAGUUUUUUAUAAUAUAUUAAAAUAAAUAACUCAAA